UGCCGAUCUAUUCGCAUUAGAUUGCUCAGAGAUAAUGUUGAAGCCUAGAUUUUUCUUUGUUGCACAAAAAAGGUUAUUCUCCGAAUCCUUCACGAGAUCUAGUUUUCACGUUUCAUCAUCGAUAUCGAAAUUACUCGAUAAGCAUAGCAUAGAGAUCAACGAGAGCGAUGCAGAUCACGAUUUUAAGGAGCCUCUUUUGCAACAUUUACAAAAAAGGGGCCUGGUUGAAACAUGCGUAAAUGAAAAGCACCUACUUGAUCAUGCUGAAACGAAGACAUUGGGAUUAUAUUGUGGUGCUGAUCCCACUGCAAAGUCAUUACAUUUGGGAAAUCUUCUGCCUUUAAUGGUACUACUUCACUUCAAUCUACGUGGUCAUAAUAUUUACCCAUUGAUCGGUGGUGCCACAGGUGAAGUUGGUGAUCCAUCUGGAAGAACCACAGAACGAACUGCAAUGGAAAACAAUACCAGACUAGAUCAUGUCAGAAGAAUUUCAGAUCAGUUUUUAAGUUUCUUCAAUACGGCUACACUUUACGGUGAAACAAGAAAUCCAUUAAUUAAAAUUUCAGAAGUUGGAAGUAGAGAACUAAAAAAUAAUCGUGAAUGGUGGAAGGAUAUGGGAAUGCUAGAAUUUCUUGCGAAAUAUGGUAGACAUAUCCGGGUAAACCAGAUGUUGAGUAGGGAAUCCAUCAAGAACAGAUUGAACUCUGAACAAGGCAUCGGUUUCAACGAGUUCACUUAUCAAAUUCUACAAGCAUACGAUUUUUAUUAUUUAAAUAAAAAAUAUCAAGUUGACAUCCAAGUUGGUGGUAACGAUCAAUACGGUAACAUUGUUGCUGGUAUCGACUUAAUAAAUAGGUUGAGAAAAGCAGAAGAGUCUAAGUCUAGCAGAGAAAUCUAUGGUAUUACAGUUCCAUUACUAACUACAUCGAAUGGUGUGAAGUUUGGUAAGAGUGCCGGCAAUGCCAUAUUUAUUGAUAAAGAGUUAACAUCCUCAUAUGAUAUCUAUCAAUUCAUGUUCAAUACCACCGAUGAGGACAUUCCGAAAUUUCUCUAUAAGUUUUCUUUACUACCUACCAAGGUAAUUGAUAAAAUUGUUCAUGCUCACAACAGCGAUAAAAGAUCUCGAUUUGGGCAAAAAGUUUUGGCAAUCGAAAUGUGUGACUUGGUUCACGGGGACGGUGAAGGGUUUAGUAACUAUGUCAUUAGUGAGAUAUUGUUUAGCAAAGUCAACAUCAAGGAAAAUUUCAAAGCAGUAGAAAUUUUGAGUGCCUUCAAGAAACAAAACUUGGUUACUCAAAUAUCCAAGGAAGAGCUAACGCAGUUGAACAUUGUCAAUCUUCUCCACAAGGUUACUGAAGGGGAAAAAUCAAAGUCUGAACUAAAGAGACUUAUAAAGGGAGGUUCUGUUUAUAUUGGUAACACCAAAGAAGGAAAAGUGACUGAAGCAGAUUACAUUGUGAAUAUAAUUACAGACACUAUCGAAGAGAAGCUCUUAUUGUUGAAGAUUGGUAAGAAAUAUUUUGUUGUUGAGGUUGUCUAAAAAGUUUUGUAGUUUAGAAUUCUAUAGAGCAUACUUGUACAUAUAUAUGCAUAACUUUUUGUCAGUUUCGUGAUUAUCAACGUAUUAGGAACCACCACCUUUACUAUGCCUAAAUAGUUUCAUACUUAUCCAUGAUGCAACAGCCCAUAUCCAAAGAAUAACAAAACUUAAAAAAAAGAGAUAGAGAUAAUAGUUAGGCACGGCUGCACUAUCAUUUUGCUGACUGAUAUCUUCAAUUAAUACUUUGAGCCAAGGGAUUGAUUUCAAUUUUCUCAUAUACUGAGGGUUAAAGUUGAAACACCAAUGCCAGAGAU